AUGGCCGUGGAUAGUCCCCCGCGGCCGGCGCCGCAGCGGCGGCAGUCCGAGGCCGGCGCGGGCGGGCGCCGGACGGACAAGCACGGCCGCCGCCUCGAGGUGUACAACGAGGUGCUCGCCCGCCUGCGCUCCUCCUCCGCCGCCGCGGUCUCCCCGGCCUUCGAGGAUGCGCUUUGGGCCCACUUCCACCGCCUCCCCGCCCGGUACGCGCUGGAUGUGAACGCGGAGAGGGCGGACGACGUGGUCACCCACCAGCGGCUGCUCGAGGAGGCGCGCGAUCCGGAACGCCGGCCCGCCUUGUCCGUGCGCGUCGUGCAGGUUUCUAGGAUUAUUGAUGGUGAUACGGCCGAUUCUUGUGAUCCUGACAUGGAGACGGUUGCUUCUAAUAAUCAUGUGGCUAGCCAGAUGGCUCACCCACCCCCUGCAUUUGGUUCUUCCUCCAAUCUAGAGGCGCUCGGGCUCGAAACAAAUGAAGGUGAUGUAAGGAGCACCAAUGAUAUUGAUCACAGUGUACAUCUCAUUUCCAGGCCGAUGCAUGAGAUAACUUUUGCAACUAUUGAUAAGCCAAAGCUCCUUAGUCAGCUGACCUGUUUGCUUGCUGAGUUCGGUCUUGACAUCCAAGAAGCACAUGCAUUUUCAACAAUUGAUGGCUACUCAUUGGAUGUAUUUGUUGUCACUGGAUGGCAUCUUGAGAGUACUGAGCAGCUACAAGGAAAGUUGCUUCAGAAAUUUCACAAUGCUGAGACACGAGCUUGGCCUGUAUCAAGCUCAUCAUCACCAUCAUCAGAAGGCCCUCAAGGUGGACAAGGUAUACCAUCUACAAGUGUUGAAAUUCCAACAGAUGGUGCAGAUGUUUGGGAAAUUGACCUUAAACUGCUCAAGUUUGGAAGCAAAGUUGCUUCCGGAUCAAAUGGCGACCUGUACCGUGGAACAUACUGCAAUCAGGACGUGGCCAUCAAAAUAGUGAGACCUGAGCGCAUCAGUGCAGAUAUGUACCGAGAUUUUGCGCAAGAAGUGUACAUCAUGAGAAAGGUCCGUCACAGGAAUGUCGUGCAAUUUAUUGGUGCCUGUACAAGACAACCAACGUUGUAUAUAGUAACAGAUUUCAUGUCAGGAGGGAGUGUCUACGAUUACCUCCACAAAAAUAAUAAUACUUUCAAGCUUCCUGAAAUACUGAAAGUGGCAACCGACAUCUCUAAAGGAAUGAACUACCUGCACCAAAACAACAUAAUUCACCGUGAUCUCAAGACUGCAAACCUUCUCAUGGAUGAAAACAGGGUUGUAAAGGUUGCAGACUUUGGUGUUGCACGUGUGAAAGACCAAUCUGGAGUGAUGACUGCAGAAACUGGAACUUACCGUUGGAUGGCACCUGAGGUCAUAGAACAUAAGCCCUACGAUCACAAAGCAGAUGUUUUUAGCUUUGCUAUUGUUCUGUGGGAACUGCUAACCGGCAAGAUCCCUUACGAGUACUUAACACCACUGCAAGCAGCAAUAGGUGUUGUUCAGAAGGGUAUUAGGCCAAUGAUCCCAAAAGACACCCAUCCCAAGCUUAUCGAGCUGCUUCAGAAAUGUUGGCAUCGAGAUCCAGCUGAAAGGCCUGACUUCUCCGAGAUACUGGAAAUCCUUCAGAAACUCUCCAAAGAGGUGAGAACUGACCCUGAGGGUCGCCACAAAACAAAGUCAGGUUUUCUUGCAGCGCUGAAGAGAAGCCACUGA